CAGAUGAGUGAUUUUGGGAUCAGGAACAUGGAUCAAGUAGCUCCUGUGUCUAACAUGUACAGAGGAAUGCUCAAGCGUCAACCAGCAUUUGACACCUUUGAUAGCUCAAACUCUCUCUUUGCUGGAUAUUUUUUCUCACUAAACGAAGAUCAAACACUUCAAGAAGUGCCAACAGGAUUUGAUUCUACUUCUUAUGAGUCGAACAACUGUGAAUUGCCUCUGUUAACCCCGUGCAGUAAGGCUGUGAUGAGUCAGGCCUUGAAAGAUACUUUCAGUGGUUUCACAAAGGAACAGUGUCGGCUGGGUAUCCCAAAUAAUCCCUGGCUGUGGACCGAACAGCAAGUUUGCCAGUGGCUUUCAUGGGCUACCAAUGAGUUUAGCUUGGCAAAUGUGAACUUCCAUCAGUUUCUUAUGAGUGGCCAAGACUUGUGCAACCUGGGCAAGGAGCGUUUCCUGGAAUUGGCACCUGACUAUGUGGGUGAUAUUCUGUGGGAACACCUGGAACAGAUGAUAAAAGACAGCCAAGAGAAAACACAGGAUCAAUAUGUGGAGAACUCUCAUCUCACCUCAGUUCCUCACUGGGUCAAUAAUAAUUCCUUAACUGUUAAUGUAGAUCAGAACUCCUAUGGUAUGCAAAUGCCUGGAUACCCUAAAGCCCUCAGCUAUCCCAAACCCAAUCUCCUGGCUGAUGUCUGUCAGACUUCCACAGGACCGAAUCUCCUCAAUCCAGAACAAGAGUUUUCAUUGUUCCCUAAAACCCAAGCAGAUGCUGUUGGUGUGAACUACUGUGCAGUGAAUCAAGAUUUCCCAAGAAGCAAUCUGAACUUGCUGAUAGAUAAUUCUGGUAAGCUUAGAGAACACGAAUCUAGCGACAGUGGUGCAGAAAGUUACGAAAGCUCAGAUUCGAUGCUACAGUCCUGGAACAGCCAGUCGUCAUUAGUGGAUUUACAGCGUGUGCCAUCCUAUGAGAGCUUUGAAGAUGACUGUAGCCAGUCCUUGUGUCUGAGCAAACCUACGAUGUCUUUCAAAGACUAUAUUCAAGAACGAAGUGAUCCUGUAGAGCAAGGGAAACCAGUUAUACCAGCAGCCAUUCUAGCUGGCUUUACUGGCAGUGGACCUAUACAGCUAUGGCAAUUCCUUCUGGAGUUACUGACUGACAAGUCCUGUCAGUCGUUCAUUAGUUGGACUGGAGAUGGAUGGGAAUUUAAACUUGCUGACCCAGAUGAGGUGGCACGGAGGUGGGGAAGGAGGAAAAACAAGCCAAAAAUGAACUAUGAAAAGCUCAGCCGAGGCCUACGCUACUAUUACGACAAGAACAUCAUCCACAAGACUUCGGGGAAACGCUACGUGUAUCGCUUCGUGUGCGACCUGCAGAACCUGCUGGGGUACACGGCGGAGGAGCUGCACGCCAUGCUGGGGGUGCAGCCCGACACGGAGGACUGAGCCCGACGACGUGAUGCUGCAGGGGCGAAGAUUCGCGCGUUGGGACUCUGCCUGGGAACCGUCUGCAGUCAGUUCUUCUGGCUGCUCAGACGGGUGCAACUGUUGGGAAAUAAGGACCUUAACCGAUUUUGUAACCAGGGAGAGUUGGAAGGAAGUGGCCUUAUUUCAUCAGUGGCUUCGGGUGUUGCCGUGUCAGGUACUUGAGCAGCAUGGAAGUCAGCACAGACCCUAGCUCUGUCAUGAAGACGUGGAAAUGCUCUUGGGUUAAGCAUUUCGACUACCUGUACCGCAGUAUAAAGCGUUUUGGCUACUUACACUGCCAUAUAAUAAUGGGGGUUGGCUUUAAAACCAAAGGUCGGAUGAGAAACCAGUGAUGCAGCAGAACUAUUGCUCAGAUAUUUUAAAAUACCAUCGUCCUUGCUUACAUCUUAUAUCAUGCAGUUUAUUUAAAAAAUAAAAAAAACCUAAUUUAUUUUAAAUGAGCAGUAAG